CGACAUGCUUGCUUGUUUUGUCAUAUAACUUGUGCAGGUAUGAAAAAGUCAGAUACUUAACAAAAACACAGUCUUUGUUCCAAUCGCACGCUGGAAACACUUGAUACAGAUCUCCAAAAAUUCAUUCAAAAAGGUUGGCAUUCCAUUGUUGCAUAUCUCAUUGGGGAUUUAUCUUAAAUUUUUUAAUAUGCUGGAAGAUGGCUGUCAUCUCAUAGAUAUAAAAAUUGCAGCUAAAAUGUGUUUAAAAAAUCAGACUGUAAACAACAAGAGUUUUGAUGAAUAUAUUGUAAUUCAGUUAAGAAUAUAUGAACAAGAAAAAGCUAUUGCUGAAUAUUGUGAAAAAAUAACACUUAUUCAUGAAGCAAUGUCAAUACAAGUUCUACGUUCUCCUGAAAAUAAAGAAUAUCUAUAUGAAAUCUUUCAGCCUAGAGUAGUUCAUUCUAUGAAGAAGAAAAAUGCUAAGAUUAUUGAAUUAGAAGAGUUAAAAACUAGAACAUUUGAAAAAUCGCAUGGACCACUUGUAAAAAAACUUGAUGAAGUUCUAUGUGGGCUUAAUGUUCAAAGACAAGCUUACCACAGAAAAUGUUUUAUUGGGAAUCAUGUUCAUAAAAUGUUAAAGUUAAACAGUGUCCUAGAUCUUUGCAAUUCGAUACCUAAGAUAGUAAGCGAUCUUGGAUUUAUUGAUACAGAUGUUUUUAUAGAGGCAAAAGUCUUGAGUGAGAAAUUUGUUGAGUUGCUCUCUAAAUACGCAACAUGUUACAACUUUAUGAAUUCAAGUGAAAUAAUUAAUAAUAAUCCAUUAUUAGAGUUAGAAGGAGCCAUUGGAGAAUUAAUGAGUUACUUUCGUAAAACUUGGCCGAAUGUGUCCAUUACGCCAAAAAUGCAUUUAUUAGAAAGUCAUUGUGCUGAUUUUAUUAGAAAUUGGGGUUUGGGUCUCGAUAUUUAUGGAGAGCAAGGUUUAUAAAGCAUGCAUGCUGAAUUCAAUAGUAUGAACAGCACCUUUUGCCAUAUGAAAGGGAAGCAAAGACUAGAAAGUAUUCUGUCUAAUCAAUACAUCAAAAACUCCCUAGAAGCAUUGGAAAUUAGACCUACUAUUCAAGAAAGAAAAUCUUAUAAAAGAAAAGCCUCGUGAUAUUUAUUAAAUAAUUGUAUAUAUGAUUGUAAUUGCAUAACGACUUAAUUUUAAUGUUUAUUGUAAGAAAAAAUAUAUAUACUCUACUUCCGAAUAUAAUAAAUAUUUAA